CAAGCAUCUGGGUCCACUGAGGCUGUUCCUUUGCUUUGUGUGUUCAGAAUAAUCUGUGAGCUCCUCUUCCUUUUUUAUCUUAAUUUGUUAGGGUGGUUGGUAUUCUAUGACAACCUGAGUUUUCUUGCUCUGGGUGCAUUUGACUGUGAUCACACUUUGAUAAAUUUCUUUUUCUUAGACAAUACAGUGCUACUGUGAAGUGGCUGCUUAGAGUAGCACAUUCAAACUCACAUUCUACUCUUUUCAUACAUUUGGUCAUGUCUGUGGAUUUCACUCACUGGCUUCUUUUUUUCUCCUAUUUGUACUCUAAAGGCAACAUGUAAAUCUUUGUUCAUUCUGUUCCAUUUAAGCCCACUAAAACGCUUCUCCUCUGCACUGCCUUGGGCUCUUAUUUACACUACAGCAAGGCAAGUUUCCUUUCCAGUUGUAACCACUAUAGAUGAGCACAAAAAUUUGAGGUUUAAGGUUAAAUAGGCCCUGGGUUUUCACAGGUGUCUUGAACAUUGCUUACAGAAAUAAAAUAAUCAGGGACUUGUUUUGGCCUGCAGAAUCUUCCCCUGAUGACAGUGCUUUUCAAGGAAUAAGCAGAGUUUUAGAGCAAAGUCAUCUCUAAAAUGCAAUUUUGAUUACUCCUUUUGUUCCUUCUGUCACCCCACUGUUUGCCUCACACACUAGUUACUCAUAACCUUUGAGAGCCACUGAGUUACCACAGUCCAGGUGGUAAUUCAUCUGCCACACAUCACAAAGCAAGGGCAACCCUCCCUCUUGGUUAUGUAUUUCUGGAACCUGUUCUUCUCCCUCCUGGAGAAGUGGGAAAAUUGAGAGAGAUUUAGGUAGUGCUGUAGUAUCUGCCUUGACACUUCUCAAGGGUGAAGCACCAAAUUUCACAAACUUUCCUGGAGGAUGGAUGGUAUCAGUUGCGGAAAUGAGUGAGAAGCCUGUAACUUGUCCAGUUGGCUGCUGUGAUUAUUUAAAAGUAAAAUGAACACACGCACCCCGCAACCCCAACCAGCAAAGCCUUCCACUUUUAAUUUAUUUAAAACAAGAAUUGGCUGUCUGUACUGUGCAUUUUUAUUGACUAAGUAAACUGGUGGUGAGCCCUUUGCCUCAAGCAAGAGUUUGAAACGCUGUCUCCUCUCUUCCCCCUUCCCAUUCAUCCCAAAUCUGAGAGGCGAACAACCAACAGCAAGUGUCUACGUCUGCUCUCCAGCUCUUCAUCCUUCAGAAGAGCUGCCAAGUUGCCCAUUGGAGCCCUCAUGGGGCAGCCAUGCAAGAAGGAUCAAAUCUUCCAUCAAGUAGAGAGGCUGUUGUUACCCUUAAGGAAUACACUAUAGAUAUAAUUUUUGCCCAGACUUGGUAUGACAGUCGUCUAAAAUUUAACAGCUCAAUGAAAGUGCUUAUGCUUAAUAGCAAUAUGGUUGGAAAGAUUUGGAUUCCAGACACUUUCUUCCGGAACUCAAGGAAAUCUGAUGCUCACUGGAUUACAACUCCAAAUCGUUUGCUUCGAAUCUGGAGUGAUGGAAGAGUAUUAUACACUCUAAGGCUGACAAUUAAUGCUGAAUGUUAUCUUCAGCUUCAUAACUUUCCUAUGGAUGAACACUCCUGUCCACUGGAGUUUUCAAGCUAUGGAUAUCCCAGAAAUGAAAUUGAAUACAAAUGGAAGAAAACCUCUGUUGAAGUGGCAGAUCCAAAAUACUGGAGAUUGUAUCAGUUUGCAUUUGUAGGGUUACGAAAUACAACUGAAAUUUCUCAUACCUUGUCUGGUGAUUAUAUUAUUAUGACAAUCUUCUUUGAUCUCAGCAGACGUAUGGGAUAUUUUACUAUUCAGACAUACAUUCCUUGUAUACUCACAGUUGUUCUUUCAUGGGUGUCAUUUUGGAUCAAUAAGGAUGCAGUUCCUGCAAGGACUUCUCUGGGCAUUACAACGGUGCUGACCAUGACAACAUUGAGUACAAUUGCUAGGAAGUCACUCCCAAAGGUUUCCUAUGUGACAGCAAUGGACCUUUUUGUUUCAGUUUGCUUCAUAUUUGUGUUUGCUGCCUUGAUGGAAUAUGGCACCUUGCAUUAUUUUACCAGCAACAGAAAAGGGGACAAAGGAAAAGAAAAGAAGGCAAGAUCUAAGCCAUCAAAACCACCUGCAAUUGCUGUUCGACCUGGAUCAACACUAAUUCCAAUUAAUAACAUUAAUCAUCUCCCUGAACGUGACGAUGAUUAUGGAUAUGAGUGCCUAGAAGGGAAAGACUGUGCUAGCUUCUUCUGUUGUUUUGAAGACUGCCGCACAGGAUCUUGGAGAGAAGGAAGAAUACACAUCCGUAUUGCAAAAAUUGACUCCUAUUCUCGAAUCUUCUUUCCAACUGCCUUUGCACUGUUCAAUCUUGUUUACUGGAUUGGCUAUCUUUAUCUAUAAAUUUCAGAGGUUUGACAAACUCAGAAAAAAAAAUGGUAAUUGAACAGUCAUUAACACUUUUCAGUGAGCCAUCAAAGAUUACAGCUGGUCCAAAAUGACUCAAAUUGUUUGGAUGCUUUAAAAAUUUGAAACAACGAGAGGAAAUCUGGUGAUGUAGUCUCCCUCUUGUGAUCAACUAUAGAACUGAUACUGGUAUUUUGAAGAGAAAGUUUAAAAAUAAAUCUCCCUAAGAUUUAACUUGCCCAAACACAUACAUAUUUUUGUCCAUCUCUAACAAAAAACGCAGAGUCAAGAGGCUAUGUUAUUUAACUGGACAGUUCUGCAUAAGCUUUCAGUUUUAAUCCUAAAUGAUAAUGCAGAUGAAUUUUGUAGCAUCUCUUACACCUUUACAAAGAAAGCCUUAAUAAAAUGGGAUUAUUCUCAUCCAUUUCAUCCAUAAGAUGAUGAUUUUAUGAAUCCCUGAUUUUAAAAAAGUUGAAAUGGAACAUUACUAUUUUUCAACCAGCCGUUUGUUCUCUGCUGUAUGUUAAAAAGAGUGAUUAAGUCAUAAUUAAUCACAUUCAGAUUUAUACAGAAUGCAGAGAUUAGAGCAGCGAGAAAUGGAUAUAUCACAAAAGUCCCAAGGGUAAUUCUGAGCUUGUCUUAUCCUGACCAUUGAUAUAGGCUUUUGGCUUUCAGCCUUAGAUUACCUUUACGUUUGUGUUCCAUCUGCAUUACUUCACCGUUGUGAGUUCCCCGAAGUUCUCCAAGAAGGCUACAACUUUCAAAAAUUCCUACCCAGCUGCUGUUGCUUGCUCAUUUCAUAGAAACCACACUGAUGUUGGCUGAGAUUCUGGCCAUUAAGCGUAAUGCUCUUCACAUCCUCUCCAUUCCUCUCCUUUGUCAUAACUCUGCAUUUGAUAGAAUUUGUAUCAUCAUCAGAGUUUGGAAAACCUGUAACAGUGCUAUAGUCAUUGUGUUCAAAGCCGCUAUGUCAGAUCUGCAGCCCUAGGAGUGUGGCGUGUGCCCUGCUCCCCUUGGCAUAGAGUAUGGUUUUGUAGAUUCUGGUUGUUACUGCAUAUGCUAGUCACUGAGCCAAAGCCAGAUGAUAUGAAUUUACUGAACCUGUGUUAUGGGUUGCUGUGUAAUUACCUCCUUGAUAUUUGUUUGUUUCUAAUGGAAGAGCCCUGUUAUUGGGGGUGGGGGUGGGGCAGCGUGUUAAAAUAAUCCUUAUGCAUUGCAGAUCCUUCUACAAAAUGGUAUGUAUUCCCCCCAAAAUCACAGGAUCAGUUCUCCAACCUUUUUGUGGUCAGUGUUUCUGUUAACUUUGGUAGCAGUUCUUCAGUAGUAGCCUUUCUGGACUGACUUCUCUGUGUUGACAAUUGCUGACUGGCAGUAUUUAGUAUCUCAUUUCUAUUUUUAAAUCCAUUGUCUUCAUUAUGGGGAAGUGCAGUCUCUCAAAAAGAAAUUGGUCUCAAGUGAGCUUGCAAAAGUCACUGUAAAAUUAAGAUAUGCAUUAAGGAAAAGUCAGAAUUACACAGAAGACCUUACAGAUCUUUAAAGAGGAUUAAUGGAAUUAGCAUUUGGCUGUAGGUAAGAAUGUUCAGUACUGGAGAUAAAGACAUGAUUAUUGGCUAAUAAUAGAAAAUUAUACAUGAAGGACCACCCCUCCCCCCAAUAUUUCUGUUGAAUGUGCUUCCUCCUCUGAAUUUCUCAGAAAAGAUUAAUGUAUUUUUAUAUUCUAGUUGGUACCAGACAUAGUAAUACAUGAUACACAAUACAACAUUACUGCAGUGUUUAGCCCCAGAGUUUUAACAGGGAAUGCAAGACUGGGUGCAGUGAUUCUGGAAGUGUGAUAGAGAAGAUCCCAUGUUAAUGCAAACUUUUAUUUCAGUAUUUUGCUGAUGAAGUAUGAAAGUCAGUGAGAGAAUUGGAAAGCCUGCUGUAGAGGUAGGCGGACAUUGUUGGUUGUGUAACCUUUCUGAGCACCAACUUCUUCUGACUGUUAGAUUGAGCGUAGAACUGUGGCAUCAUUAACAACACUGGUCUAGUAUAAUUUAUUGUUUCUUUAGAGUCUCAUUUUCAGAAAAUGUUCGCUACAAUGGAAACGUGUCAAUUUUAAUUCCAUAGUGCAGUUUGAUGUUUUUUUGACAGCACACUAAACACAUUCCUCUGUGGGAGGGAUGGCGGUGGCUUCAGCAGCAAUAUGUUGGAUGUGUACUUGAAAAGCAGUCUACUUGCUAUACAAUACAAGGCCCAGAUUUUGUGAGCUCCUGAGUUUCAUUAACUCACCUUUAAACAAAAGGAACUUGAAAGAACUUGGCACUUCACAAGAGGAAAUACAAAUUUCACAGCCUGCUCUCCUCUGGCACAUCUAGUUAGCUUUUUCUGUUCAUGUGGUUGUCAGUUGCCAAUCAGCCUCCAGUGACUGAAUUGGAGAACAGAAAAUAUCCAGAAUUGGCAAGGGAUGGAUAAGAAGUCUUUCAUCUCUAAUUUCUAUGAAACAAUGUAACGGAGUAUUAAACCUAUUGAACGUUAUGGCUGUUUGGCUUAUGGGUACACUUGCUUCUGUCUGUUGACAAACUUUUCUGUGUACUUCAUUUAUUUCUGAUGAAAUAAUUUUGGUCUCCCGUAGUGCUGUGAGUGCAAAUAGAAAUGGGAGUACAGUGAACUGUAACAUGGCAUGUAAUAAAUGUGUUGUUUUAGUCCUAUGUGUUUUCUUUCUAAUCUGCAUGUAAACAUUUGAUUCCCAGAAAUCUAAGUGAUACUCAAAAAAAAUGGCAAGAAACAGAGAAUAUAAUUACUUGGA